CUAUAGACUUCUACUGCCUGUUGAAUGAAGCGUGCAGUGUUUGGCGCCCCAUACAGCGCAUGCGCAGAAGACCAGGCUCACGGCUAGCUUAGGUAGCAUUAGCAGUGGUAGUAGUAACAGAAGAAACAACUACGAUGGCGGACGAGAAACCCAAGGAAGGAGUUAAGACUGAGAAUAACGAGCACAUCAACCUAAAGGUGGCCGGGCAGGAUGGUUCAGUAGUGCAGUUCAAGAUCAAAAGGCACACUCCUCUCAGCAAGCUGAUGAAAGCUUACUGCGAACGGCAGGGUCUGUCAAUGAGGCAAAUUAGAUUUCGAUUUGACGGUCAGCCGAUUAAUGAGACCGACACACCUUCACAGCUAGAAAUGGAAGAUGAAGAUACGAUUGAUGUGUUCCAACAGCAAACAGGAGGCUGGACUCUUUAAAGACUGUUUCCUGUGGACAUCCCUACCUCCCGUUUGUUCCUUUGUCACACCCAGUCUUCAUAUGCUCAUCACCAGUGUUUAUAUCAUCCGUGGGAAACUUGUAUGAAACGCCGAAAGGCAGCAGGGAGAGUUGACAUAGACCUGCAUCACAUCCACCAUAAGUUGGCAUGUCUGAACCGUGAAGUGGAGGUAUUAAAAGCUUCAUGAGUUGGUUUUAUUUUCUUCUUUCCAAGAGCCAGAAAAAUAAAAUAAAAAUACUGUUGUUUUUUUUAA